CCUCGGGCUGCCGGACGGAGCGACCGAACGACACCCCCCGCGAGACUUGGUGCCUUCUUUCAUCCCUGUGGCACCUGCCCCCUUCCCCCCCUUGGAUCUGGUGGUUUGACCCGCGCGGGUUGCCAAGUAACUGAAUUCCCAAUCACUGCCAGAAAACAACAUGUCUCGAUCCCGCCAACCCCCACUUGUGACUGGUAUCUCUCCCAAUGAAGGCAUCUCAUGGACAAAAGUGACAAUCAGAGGAGAGAACUUGGGAACCGGGCCAGCUGAUCUCAUAGGUUUGACAAUCUGUGGACACAACUGCUUACUGACAGCUGAAUGGAUGUCUGCCAGUAAAAUAGUGUGUCGAGUCGGGCAAGCUAAAAACGAUAAAGGGGACAUUAUUGUCACUACAAAGUCAGGUGGCAGAGGAACUUCAACUGUAUCCUUCAAACUCCUGAAACCUGAAAAAAUAGGUAUCUUGGAUCAGUCUGCUGUCUGGGUUGAUGAAAUGAACUAUUAUGACAUGCGCACUGAUAGGAACAAAGGGAUUCCCCCCUUGUCCCUACGUCCAGCUAAUCCACUUGGUAUUGAGAUAGACAAGGGCAAAUUUCAUCAAAAAGAUUUGGAAGCUCUCUUCCCUGGGAUGAGUCCUGAUUUCACUAGUGAAAACUUCUCUGCCGCCUGGUACCUGAUAGAGAACCAUUCCAUGACAAGUUUUGAUCAACUCAAAAUGGCCGUUAUGAACCUGAAGAAGCAGGCCAACAAGAAAAAUGAGGGGAGUCUAGCAUAUGUUAAAGGAGGUCUCAGCACUUUUUUUGAAGCACAAGAUGCCCUGUCAGCAAUCCAUCAAAAACUGGAAGCAGAUGGAACAGAAAAAGUUGAAGGAUCCAUGACGCAAAAACUGGAGAAUGUACUGAACAGAGCAAGUAAUACAGCAGAUACUUUAUUCCAAGAAGUAUUGGGACGCAAAGACAAGGCUGAUUCCACAAGAAAUGCGCUCAAUGUUCUUCAGCGUUUUAAGUUUCUCUUCAACCUUCCUCUUAAUAUCGAAAGGAAUAUCCAAAAGGGCGAUUAUGAUGUGGUUAUUAAUGACUACGAAAAAGCCAAGUCACUGUUUGGGAAGACUGAGGUUCAAGUGUUCAAAAAAUAUUAUGCUGAGGUUGAAACAAGAAUUGAAGCUUUAAGGGAACUUCUUUUGGAUAAGCUUCUUGAGACCCCAUCAACCUUACAUGAUCAAAAACGUUAUAUAAGAUAUAUUUCUGAUCUUCAUGCUUCUGGGGACCCUGCUUGGCAAUGUAUUGGAGCUCAGCACCAGUGGAUUCUUCAACUCAUGCACAGUUGUAAAGAGAGCUAUGUUAAAGAGCAAAAAGGCAAUCCAUUGCUGCAUAGUCCAUUGCUGGACCUGGAUGGCGAUGUACGUCCCUCUCCAGUUGGCCAUCUCAGUCAGACUGCUUCAUUGAAAAGGGGAAGCAGCUUUCAGUCAGGUCGUGAUGAUGCUUGGCGAUAUAAAGUUCCUCAACAAGUUGCAUUUGUUGAAAAGUUGACAAAACUUGUUGUAAGUCAGCUCCCCAACUUCUGGAAGCUCUGGAUUUCUUAUGUGAAUGGAAGUCUUUUCAGUGAGACUGCUGAGAAGUCUGGCCAAAUGGAAAGAUCAAAAAAGAAUGCUAGACAAAAGCAAAAUGAUUUCAAGAAAAUGAUCCAGGAGGUGAUGCAGUCCUUGGUAAAACUGAUUCGGGGAGCUUUGCUACCUUUCAGCCUCAGAGAAGGAGAGUUGAGACAGUAUGGUGGUUGGGAGAUGAAGUCUGAACUCUCCGGACAGUGGUUAACACAUGUUAUCCAGACUGUAAGGCUUAGUUAUGAGUCCCUUACUGCUCUCGAAAUACCAAAUGAUAUGCUUCAGAUCAUCCAAGAUCUUAUUUUGGACCUUCGUGUGCGUUGCAUAAUGGUAACCUUACAACACACAGCUGAAGAUGUAAAGAGGCUAGCUGAAAAGGAAGACUGGGUUGUGGAUAAUGAAGGUCUAACAUCCCUGCCCUCACAGUUUGAACAGUGCAUUAUCCAUUCCUUGCAGUCACUCAAGAGUGUUAUUGACUGCAAACCUGGAGAGGCCAGUGUUUUCCAGCAACAUAAGACACAGGAAGAUGUGUGCCAGCUGAGUAUUAAUAUCAUGCAGGUUUUUAUAGAUUAUUUGGAGCAACUAAGUACCAAGCCAGAUGGUGAUAUAGAUACCACACAUCUUUCAGUUGAUGUUUCUUCUCCGGAUUUAUUUGGAAGUAUUCAUGAAGACACUAGUUUAUCUUCUGAGCAAAGGCUUUUAAUUGUCCUCAGUAACUGCUGCUAUCUGGAACGUCAUACCUUCAUAAAUAUAGCUGAACAUUUUGAGAAACAUGGUUUCCAAGGAGUUGAAAAAAUAACUCAAGUUAGUAUGGAGUCCUUAAAGGAGCUGGAUCAAAGACUUUUUGAAAUUUACAUUGAAGCAAAGGCAGAUCCUAUCGUUGGUUCAUUAGAACCUGGUAUCUAUGCUGGAUACUUUGAUUGGAAAGAUUGUCUGGUUCCCACAGGUAAACGUGUCAGAAAUUAUCUGAAAGAAGCUUUAGUGAACAUCAUCGCUGUUCAUGCAGAGGUAUUCACCAUCUCCAAGGAGUUAGUGCCUCGAGUACUGUCAAGGAUUGUGGAAGCAGUUUCUGAAGAACUAAGUCGACUGAUGCAGUGCGUUUCAUCCUUCAGUAAAAAUGGAGCUUUACAGGCAAGACUUGAAAUUUUUGCACUGAGAGAUACUGUAGCUGUGUACCUCACACCUGAAAGCAACUCAAGCUUUAAGCAGGCUUUGGAAGCUUUACCUCAACUGUCAAGUGGAGCAGAUAAAAAGUUAUUAGAAGAGUUAUUGAACAAAUUCAAAAGCAGCAUGCAUUUGCAGCUCACCUGUUUUCAGGCUGCUUCUUCAGCAAUGAUGAAAACAUAGACAACUGCAAAAAGUGAGCAUCCCUGAAAAGAAUAUAAACAGACGUAUUCCAUUAGUCCUUUGUUUUCUUUUCCUCUAACCACUUGUAGAAUAUUAGUCAUUGGUGCUUCAGUUUAUUAGCAAACACUCUGGUCCAUGAAUGUUAAUGCAUCCUUUUGAGUAAGAGGGACUCUUAAGUGCCACUAAAAAUGUUUUUGUCUACUGUAUUUCAUUCCAUCAAGGGUGUGAAGCCAACUUUGCCUAAAUAUACUCUUCAUAGCUAUAUGUUUAUAGAAGACGCUUCAUUUGUGAGUUACACAAGAAGUGUUGUGUUAAAAAUAUGUUUUGAAAUCGUACCAUUUUCUGAUUCACUCUUCUACAGUACUCUGUGUCAGUUUUCAGCGUUACUUAGUGCAGAUCAAUACUCAUGUAAAUGGCUGCCUAUGCUGACAUUUUGUAGCAUCCAGUUGGCAUAAAUGUGCAUGUGUACUAGAAGUUUUACUACCUGUAAAUGGCUUUAAUAAUGCAUGUUCAGAUGUAGCACUGUGGAGGGAGCUGUGUUUGUAUUUUGCAUUAAAAUAUUAGCACUUCAGGUAACUUCUUUGCCAUUGGCUUUAAUCUUAGUACUAAAAAAAUCAGGAAGUUUUUAAUUCAGCCAGUCACCUGGGCAAUACUGUCACUUGGCCAUAGCUGUAAUAUAGCAGUACAGAUAACUUUUUCAUAAGGCAUGUAAUUGUAAUGUAAAGGCUACACCAAGGUAUAAAAAUAAAGAUAUUUUAAAAUCCUUCUAAAUAUUUAAAUUACACUUUCUUUUACUGGCAUUUAAAUAUCAGAAGAGUAAGCAGCUUCUCAUAGUCAAAAUAAGUUACAUACCUAAUAUAUGUCACUGUUUUUUGUUUCUUUCCUCCAACUUACCUUUCCUUCUCAAAACAGACUGACUAAAUCUGUGUCUGUUCUUUCAAAACAGUAUUAUUCACAUCACCAAAACUGAGUUAUUGUCAUGGGAAUGAAGAUUCAACAAACAAAAGAAAAAUUAUUUUGUUCCUAGCAUUUGGUGUGAAAUCACAGGAAACACUGUUUUAUAGAUGAGGAUUUAAUAUAAAGCAUAGGAAAAGAAUUUGUAUAAACUGUAGCAAUGGCCAAUUAGUGCAAGCUGUAAAACUUUUUACUGACACUUGUUUUGUUUCACACAUUAAGUAAAUAAGGCCCAAGCAUGUAUCUCGUCUUUAUGUACGUGGUUGUUUUUGGCCUGGUUUUCAGAAGUUAGAAUUUUGAUUUCAUAGAAACUUUUUUUCAAUUAAUUGCCAUUAACUGCUUGCCCUACAAUUGGUUGCUUUAAAAACAACAUAUUAAGUUGCAAGCAUAAAAAAAGAAGUACUGUAAGAAACAGGUUUAUGCUAGUGUAUUUAUUCACUUUGAAUGUUUGGAAAAUAAGAAUUAAGAGCAUUUUAAGUCAAACUUUGAAACAUUUCAAGCAUAUAUACCUAUUGACUUAAUGUGGGGAAAGUACUAAACAAUCCUGAGUCUACUGCUAAUGUUAUCUCAUCUAAACUGAAUGUAUACAUUUAUAGUCAAAACUUCUGUACUGAUCUAAAUGAUUGUACUGCUUGUUCAACUUGCAGUGGAGCUACUUCAGAGUAUUAAAGAGGUAUUUAAAUGAAA